CCCGUGGGCGGGCCGUGUGGCAGUAACUGACGUCAAUCGACUGGCUCUGAGAAUUAUUGAGAACCAUCUUGGCGAACCAUCCUGUGUAGUACUGAAGCGAAAAGCUUUGGUGAGGUGUUGUUGAACUGUGUUUGAUAGUGAUUCUUAAUCCACGUUUUUUGUGGAUCUAAAAAGUUCUACUGAUAGUUGCAUAUUCAAUGUGUAUGGCUACAGAGUAUUUUGGUGAGACAGUGCUCGCAUACAUGGAGUUCCAUUUGGAUAGCGCAGAAUAUUGCCAAGCUCAACACAAAUAAACUGGUAAACGAAGGCUGCUAUCACCGAACAUUGUAGUCAUUUUCAACACUGCUCUCAUCUGCGAUACCUCAUCAUCAGAAGCCAAAAUAAAUUAGUUCGUCAUAUGUAAUCCUGUCAUACAGCACUAACAGAUAUUUUGGUUGCGUUCUUCCUUUAAAUUUUUGCUAAAGCAUAUCAAUUUAGUGUAAAUAAAUAACAGAGUCAAAACAAAAACAGUAACUUUCUUUAAAAAAAGACUGAUCUUUUGUCUUAAUUUUUUUAUUUUAAAAUUUUUUUUUGGAGAUCUUCAAGUCGGUCUUCUAAAAUAGCGUGAUAUUAAAGUUAACUCGUGUACUACGGGGUAUGAAUCAUAACUCUCAAGGACAAGGAUUAGCCGUAGCAAUGCGUCAAAAGGACAUCAGACCAGCUCCAGCUGAGAUUGAAUACAAAGGUUUCAAAUUUCUUAUCACCGACAGGCCAUCUGAUCAGAACAUCUUGGCUUACAUUCAGGAGCUGAAAAAACACCGGGUAACGGCCGUAGUCAGGGUUUGCGAACCAUCCUAUAAAGUGGAAGAGCUGAACAACCACAAUAUCGAAGUCUUCGACCUGAGCUACGACGACGGCACUUUCCCGCCAAACAAAAUAGUCGAGGAAUGGUUCAAAGUACUGAAAAAACAGUUCAAUGACAAUCCCGACUGCUGCGUAGCCGUGCACUGCAUCGCCGGCCUAGGAAGGGCGCCCGUCAUGGUGGCUUUGGCCCUCAUCGAGCUAGGACUUAAGUACGAGGAGGCAGUGGAACUAAUUAGAGAGAAAAGGAGAGGUGCAAUCAAUGCGAAGCAACUAGCAUUUCUGGAGAAAUACCGUCCGAAAUCCAGACUAAAAUCCAAGAAUGGACACAAGAACUCUUGCUGCGUUCAAUAGAUAUCUCUCUUAAUGUGUGUUCAAUAAAUGCAACAGGGCACUUAUUUAAACAGUUGAUUAAUUUCGGUAUCAUGAGUGUGAAAUAUACGUAAUGCUUUAAAAAAAAAAAUAAUGAAAAUGAAAUAUACAUAAUUAUUUGACGAUUAAUAAUUUGUGUUCCUGUGUUCCAGCUUUUUGAUUCAGAUAAUGUGAUUUAAGCUACCAGUAUUUCAUGUAUUAAAAGAAGGUCUUCCGUUUUUAUUUUUUUAUUUUUUUUUUUGUAUGUAUAAGAUGUGCUUGUGUUUUCACUGUACUCGCCUAGUUAAUUUAUACCUGCUGAUAGAGAGCACAAACGACUUUCUUUGCUUUCUACGGUGUUAAACAAUUGAGAUUGAAGAAACUUUUAGUACGUGGUAUACUUAAGUGGUUUUGGCAUUAAGUAGCUAAAAUUAUAAAUUUUUAUUUUGGGGACAGAUAGAAAUGUCUUAAUAAAUGUUAAAAAAAUGAAUCGUCAGUAUCUAUACUUAAUAUUUUAUUGAUCACUUAAUUUUUAAUUGUUAUUUAUUUGAUUCUUUCCUAAAAUUUGUUUUUUAGAGACGGAAUUUGACGAGUACUUACUAGUUAUUCAUAUUUUGUUUGUCAUUUUCAAUUUAACUAUAGUUCUUUUUGUUUUUGAAAUCAGCUUCUGUUAAUCACUAUUUUAUAUUUUACGGACUGCUGGAUUUAGUACCAAAGAACACUAAACUAAAGUCUGGUUUAUUUUCAAUUUAGUAUUGUUUGAUACUAAACCCUCAAGUUUCUAAUUGUUUAUGUCUAUUGCUACUAAAAAUGUAAAUUAUAUUUUAUAAGUAUAUUACAGUCAUUGGAUCACUUUAACGUUCACAUUUUUUAUGUAGAUUUCUGGACAAAUAUAUUUUAUUAUUAUCAGU